CCCGGACUGCUCACUCGCGCGCUCGCAUCCAGCCACCCGAUGAUGGAGCGGCCGCCGCGCGCCCUGCUGCUGGGUGCAGCCGGACUGCUGCUCCUGCUCCUGCCCCUCUCCUCUUCCUCCUCUUCGGAUGCCUGCGGCCCGUGCGUGCCGGCCUCCUGCCCCGCGUUGCCCCCGCUCGGCUGCCCGCUGGGUGAGACCCGCGACGCGUGUGGCUGCUGCCCCGUGUGCGCUCGCGGCGAGGGUGAGCCGUGCGGGGGCGGCGCGGCCGGCAGGGGGCACUGCGCGCCCGGCAUGGAGUGCGUGAAGAGCCGCAAGAGGCGGAAGGGUAAAGCCGGGGCAGCAGCCGGCGGUCCCGCGACCCUCGCCGUAUGCGUGUGCAAGAGCCGCUACCCCGUGUGCGGCAGCGACGGCAUCACCUACCCCAGCGGCUGCCAGCUGCGCGCCGCCAGCCUGCGCGCCGAGAGCCGCGGGGAGAAGGCCAUCACCCAGGUCAGCAAGGGCACCUGCGAGCAAGGUCCUUCCAUAGUGACGCCCCCCAAGGACAUCUGGAACGUCACUGGUGCCAAGGUUUUCUUGAGCUGUGAAGUCAUCGGGAUCCCAACCCCUGUCCUCAUCUGGAACAAGGUAAAAAGGGAUCACUCUGGAGUUCAGCGGACAGAACUCUUGCCUGGUGACCGGGAAAACCUGGCCAUUCAGACCCGGGGUGGUCCAGAAAAGCAUGAAGUAACGGGCUGGGUGCUGGUAUCUCCUCUAAGUAAGGAAGACGCUGGAGAGUAUGAGUGCCACGCAUCCAAUUCCCAAGGGCAGGCUUCAGCGUCAGCCAAAAUUACAGUGGUUGAUGCCCUACAUGAAAUACCACUGAAAAAAGGUGAAGGUGCUCAGCUAUAACCUGCGAAUCCAUGAGCCUCUGUAGCUAAAGGUGCUCUCAGACAGCCGACAGCUAGAACCCUGCUCUUGCCUGACACACUUCUCUUAACCUAACCCACUAACACUUUAUUACAGCCAGCUGGUUUUACACAGGGAAAUCAAAGAUAACACAUCAAGACUAUCUACAAAAAUUUAUUAUUUACAGAAAAAAGCAUGCGUAGUUUUAAACAAAACAAAUAAAAUUCUUAUCACAACAGUAAA